AGAGAGACACUGAGGGGUGUGUCAUAGCAAUUUAGUUCCUCAAGGAAGUACAACUCAACAUUAUCUUAAGACAGGGUGGCGGCACUGACAGAAGCGCUGCAGGAGGGCUGUUUUUUGAGUUUUGGUUCAGAUUGUAGUGAAGAUGAAGGGAUCUCAUUAAAUCAACUGGCCUGUGCUCUCAACUAAGACACAGAGCAGAGAGAGAGAGAGAGAGAGAGAGAGAGAGAGAUAUCUGACACAGACCAGGAGGGAGGGGGACUCAGCACACAGACUUUCAGGCAACCAUGGACCACUUCAGCUCAAAGGACAUGGCCUUGAGGGCACAGAAAAAGAUCCUCAGCAGCAUGGCCACCAAAAGCUCUGUCCAAAUGUUCAUUGACGACACCACCAGUGAGAUCCUGGAUGAACUAUACCGUGUCUCCAAAGACUACUCGGGUAAUAAAACUGAGGCCCAGAAGGUGAUCAAAGACCUGAUCAAGAUUGCUGUGAAGAUUGGCUUGCUAUUCAGGAACAACCGCUUUAGCACAGAAGAGUUGGGAGUGGCAGAGGACUUUAAGAAGAAGCUGCACCAAGGGGCCAUGACAGCUAUCAGCUUCUACGAGGUGGAUUUUACCUUUGAUAAGGCAGUGAUGGAGGAACUCUUGACCAGCUGCAGGGAUUUGCUGCUGAAACUGGUCAAUACCCACCUCACCCCUAAAUCCCACGGUCGCAUCAACCAUGUCUUCAACCAUUACUCCGACCCCGAACUCCUGGCCAAACUGUACGACCCCAGUGGCCCCUUCCGACCCAACCUUACCAAGAUCUGCAAAGGACUCGACAAACUGAUGGAGGACGGGACAAUAUGACACAGAAACAGUAAAAUGUUCAGUCAGACACUGGGAGAUCUACAGGCAGACUCACUUGAGACUCAAAACUGUUGGACAAAAUUGGUCUUUCUGCUGCUGAGGACUGGCAACGUAAGACAGGUGAUUUGAGAACAAAACUGCUGCCACAUUGUUCUCAGAGAACAUGUGGGAUAAAAACAACGUUGGUUGAGUCAUUCCUAAAGUUUUUAAUGUUUAGAGGUGAUAUACUGUAUUGUGAUACAUACUUGUCUAGUCAGACAAAGUUCACAGAAGCCAAACUUGAAUAUAAAUCUGUUUAUACUAUAUCUUCGGUUUAAUUAGAUUAUGAUCCUCCAUUGUUAAUAUUUUAGACCUCGAAAUGUUUCAUUCAGAACUACUGAUGUUGUGUGUUAUGGAGAGGAGGAGUUAAAGCUCCGACAGAUUGCAUAAAGAGGACCGAAAGGGAACAAACGCCACUGUAAUACAACACUGCCAUCUGGUGGUUGCUUCAGCAACUUAGUGUACAGUAUUUACUGAGGCAUCCGGAAGAAAAAGGAGCAAAUAAUAAAGCAAACAAGCAAACAGUGGACAAUUGCUUAAACCAACACUCUGUAGUCUUGGCUUCAAAACAUGUUUAGAAGCAUCAAGAAAAACACUGGCUCUUAAAUGGUGUUGACUGUAAAAGCUGUUAAAGAGAUGUUAAUCCUAUAAUUAAUGUUUUCUAAAGAUUAAAGCACCAGUGUUAUUUUGUGGUUUUACAUUACAAAGAAAUUGAAUAUUAAUAGACAAAAGGUAGAAUCAAGUCACAACUGGAUACCCCCUUUUAUAUAAGUGAAAUAUUGUAAUUUAGUGUUUAACUGCUAAAGUGUUUUCUUUCUUUGUGUCAGCAAUAAUGUGGAGUAAAGCCAGUUACACUAUUAAGCUACAGUAAGCUCUGAUAAAGAUCUAAUGAGUGUGCUAAUGAGAAUCAAGUUUCUGGAGUUGCCUUUAUGGACGGCCAAGAGAGCUCAACCUUGUAAGACAAGUGUGGACAAACAUAUGUAUUUAGACCUGAAACUAAACAUGGGAUCAAAACAUUUUAAUUCUAAAAUGAACUAUACAAAACUUAUGGAAUAAAAAAAAUUGCAAAUAAAACAUUGCUGUCAAAAUAUA